AAUAUUAAUUAAUAUUUAGUCCGGCAGUCGGCACCCGUGGCCGUAUCGGCAUUCGGCCGCAUCCGACCGUUCGGUAGUUCGGGUGUCGGAACUUCGUAGUCGGUGUUCAGUAUUCGCCAUUCAUUCAGUUAUCAAUAACGAGCCGAACACGGCGGUUUGUGUUCCGAGUUACUGCGCCAAUAUACUGAUAGUGGAAGGUGUUGUGACUAAUAUUCUGCUCAUCUGCCGGGUUUUUGAAAGCGCAUAACUAAAAUACCGGUUCACACAGAUCUUUUUGUAUAUAGAUAAAUAACACUCAGACGGUGUGGACUCCGGUACUGCUUCCUUCCUCGAAGUUUGAAUUUUUUCCAUUUUUAUUUUCAACAAAAUUAGUCUCUUUGCGCGAAAAUGGGUCUGUUAACAGAAGGGCAACCACUCUCCUGGGAUGAGACGAAACAGUUAGCUGAUCACGUCAGACAGCACGGUAUCGAUCAGUUUCUGAACUUGUACCAUCAACUGUUGGACCGCAAAGGUGAUGUCCUGAAAUGGGGUGACGAGGUCGAAUACAUUAUUGUCAAAUUUGACCACAUCAACAAAACUGCAAAAGUCAGACUGUGCGCACAAGAUAUUUUAGCUCAACUCAAUGAAAAAGAAGCAAACGACCCACACAACGUCAAAUCGCUGUGGAGGCCUGAAUAUGGAGCUUACAUGAUCGAGGGAACUCCUGGAAAACCGUAUGGUGGCCUCUUGGCCCAUUUCAACAUAGUCGAAGCCAAUAUGCGGUACCGCAGAGAGGAAGCACAACAAUUACUCGGGCCGGAUGAGGUGCUGAUGACCAUCACAAAUUUCCCCAGGCUUGGAUGUCCGGAGUUCACGUGGCCCGUGGAUCAGCCGACACCCAAGAUCGGCCCAUCGCGUUCGCUGUUCAUACCGGACUCGGCGAUUUACAAAGGGCAUCCGAGGUUCUCUACGCUCACCAGGAACAUACGGCAGCGGAGAGGGGAACGAGUGGCCAUAAACAUACCGAUUUUCAAAGAUGAAAACACUCCGAGUCCGUUCGAAGAAGAUUUGAUCAGCAUCGGCGGGGAUACGGACAGUCUGAAUGCAGCACUGCCUGAUCACGUUUACAUGGAUGCGAUGGCAUUCGGGAUGGGUUGUUGCUGUUUACAGAUGACGUUUCAGGCGUGUUGCAUCAAAGAAGCCCGAACUCUUUACGAUCAACUCACUCCGCUGUGUCCGAUUCUGUUAGCAUUGACAGCGGCAUCGCCUGUAUUUCGAGGGUACCUAACAGACGUUGACUGCCGCUGGGAUGUGAUAUCUCGGUCCGUGGAUUGCCGUACGCGACAAGAAAGAGGACUGGAGCCGUUGACCACGGAUAAGUUCGUUAUACCCAAAUCGCGUUACGACUCUACCACAUUGUACCUAUCGAGCCAAGGCGAAAAGUUUAACGACGUACCGCUGGUGUAUGACGAAACGAUCUACAACAAACUCAAGAGUGCCGAUAUCGAUCACCAGAUGGCUCAGCAUGUAGCGCACCUAUUCAUCCGGGAUACAGUAUCUCUGUUCAACGAGAAAGUGCACCAAGAUGAUACUGUCGAGAUGGAUCACUUCGAAAACAUACAGUCGACCAACUGGCAGACCAUGCGGUUUAAGCCUCCGCCGCCCAAGUCAACGAUCGGUUGGCGCGUCGAAUUCAGGCCGUGCGAAGUGCAACUGACCGAUUUUGAAAACGCCGCGAUCGUGUGCUUUGUUGUCCUACUCACCAGGGUCAUUUUGUCGUAUCAAUUAAACUUCAUCAUUCCCAUUAGCAAAGUGGACGAGAAUAUGUCUAAAGCUCAAAAGCGGUCGGCCGCCCUGACGGAAAAGUUUUGGUUUCGCAAGAAUAUCGCUGCGUCUACGUCCAAAACCGCGAACGUCAAUGUAAAUAGUUCCAACGACGAUGCAUCGUACACGAAAAUGUCCAUAAACGAAAUCAUCAACGGAAAAACGGGCGAAUUCCCGGGCCUCAUCCCGUUGAUUCACAGUUACCUGUCCAGCAUGGAAGUCGACACGGACACGCACUGCACCAUCCAGCAGUAUCUGAAGCUCAUAUCGCGUCGCGCGUCCGGCCAGAUCGACACGACGGCCAGCUGGAUACGUCGGUUCGUCCAGGAUCAUCCGGCGUACAAACGCGACUCCGUCGUUGGCGAUGAGAUCAAUUACGACCUGUUAAUGACGGCCGACGGCAUACGGUCCGGUCGCAUUUCCUGUCCACGACUUUUGGGAGACUGUCUGCUGGCCAACUCGAAAACGAAGGAAACAAUACCGCCGGCCGUGCAGAAGGUAUAUUCUUGUACUCCGUAGAGGACGCGCAUACUAAUAAUAUUAAAUCGCCGUUAUCCUGUCUGUUCUAAUAUAUUUUUUACGCACACCGUAAUUAUUAUAAUAUUAUUCAAUAAUAAUAAUAAUAAUAAUA